AUGAGGAGGAUUGUCGGAGUUUCUGGCGGCGAGGAGGGAAGUUUGGAGAGUGGAUGGGUUGCUUGUUGGGUAUGUUCAGCGGUCGGAGACAGGGAGACUGACCCACGCGGUGGUUCUGGGAGCUGGACACCUUGUUCCGACGGAUCAGCCGGUGAAUGCUCAGGCGAUGAUGGAAGGGUGGAUUCUGGAGACGGGGCCUUUUGCUGCUGGUAA